AUGGGUGAUCUCGCUGGCCGAAAGGUGUUCAAGGUCUUCAACCAAGAUUUUGUUGCCGAAGAUCGAUACACUGUCACCAAGGAGCUCGGUCAGGGAGCCUACGGUAUCGUCUGCGCUGCCGUGGAUAACACCACUGGCGAGGGCGUCGCCAUCAAGAAGAUUACCAAUGUUUUCAGCAAAAAGAUUCUCGCAAAGCGCGCCUUGCGUGAGAUUAAGCUCCUUCAGCACUUUCGAGGCCACCGCAACAUAACAUGCCUCUACGACAUGGACAUCCCGCGUCCCGACAACUUUAACGAGACAUAUCUAUACGAGGAACUCAUGGAGUGCGACCUCGCUGCCAUUAUCCGGUCUGGUCAGCCUCUUACCGACGCCCACUUCCAAUCCUUCAUCUACCAGAUCCUCUGCGGCCUCAAAUACAUCCACUCGGCCAACGUUCUCCACCGCGACCUCAAGCCCGGAAACCUCCUCGUCAAUGCCGACUGCGAGCUCAAGAUUGCCGACUUUGGCCUGGCCCGUGGCUUCUCCAUCGAUCCGGAUGUCAACUCGGGAUACAUGACCGAGUACGUCGCCACCAGGUGGUACCGCGCUCCCGAGAUCAUGCUCAGCUUCCAGAGCUACACCAAAGCUAUCGACGUCUGGUCCGUCGGUUGCAUCCUCGCUGAGCUCCUGGGUGGCAGGCCAUUCUUCAAGGGCCGUGACUACGUCGACCAGCUCAACCAGAUCCUUCAUAUUCUGGGCACGCCGAACGAGGAGACGCUGAACCGCAUCGGUUCUCCCCGCGCGCAGGAGUACGUGCGCAAUCUGCCGUUCAUGCCCAAGAAGACCUUUCCGAGCCUGUUCCCCCAGGCCAACCCGGACGCCCUGGAUCUCCUGGACAAGAUGCUGGCCUUUGACCCGACCAGCCGCAUCAGCGUCGAGCAGGCCCUGAAGCACCCGUACCUGCACAUCUGGCACGACGCCUCGGACGAGCCCGACUGCCCCACCACCUUCAACUUCGACUUCGAGGUCAUCGACGACGUCGGCGAGAUGCGCAACCUCAUCCUCGACGAGGUCCACCGCUUCCGCCAGACGGUCAGGACCGCGCCCGGUGGCUCUAACCAGGCUGCCCUGGCCGCACAGCAGCAGGGUGCACAGGUGCCCAUACCUAAUGAUGGGAGUGGCAACCAGUGGACUACCGAGGAUCCUCGUCCCCAGGAGUAUGCGAGUCACGGCAACGGACUGGAGCAGGACCUUGCCGGUGGUCUUGACGCCGGGAUGAGGUAG